ACAGAUUUAUGUUGGACAAUUGCGAUGGUGGACCGGCCGCAGCGUCUCCCCUUCAUGACUGUGAGCUUGGCGAUUACCGGAUUGGAAGAUAGUUCCCGGAGGGGUUCAGUGCUGUGUUCUGUGUCUGUGCUCAAUGACAGUCAACCAUCGAUAUCAGACCCGACAUGCGGUAUACAGCCUUCGUUCCUGGAUCCCGUACAAUGAGCUUGGCAUGUGUCCACCCCGGGAAGUACCAGCGAUUACACGGCUCGAACCGCAUCCGCUGUCAUGUCUGCGGCCCGGUCCCGCAACCAUGACGCUGCCAGAGGCGCAAUGCAGCCUGGACGAUUUGCCUCGCUAUGGCUCCAGUCAUCUGCAAUUCGUACACAGCCAAGAUCAGCGGCUCCUUCUCAGCAGUGGCGAGGCAACACAACCCAUUUCGGCUCGAUCAGUACAAGAGAUGGAUCCAAAUCUAGCCGGAGUCUUCGAUCCGAUCCAGGCAGCAAUCGCGGGGACAACUCAAGCGGUGGGGGAGAACCAUCUCAGGCUAGUCACCGGACACACUCGAGCCAACCUCUUUGUCAUCACCAGGAGGGGGAAGAGCUGGCGAUGGAAGCAUCUCUUCGCAGGCCCGGGGACGGACGAGCCUUAAAUAGGGACUGUAGGAUGACGGCGCGACGUUGACGCGCAUCCUAGUCCUCUAGGUUGUGGACCUUGCGAUCAUCAUAUCGAGUUCCGUAGCACCAAUACCCGAGAGCAAUACCGUUGCGGGUGUCGAAAGAACCAGUGUUUCCAGGGCGGUUGGAAGAACUACAAAAUCGCAUCUCUCACAGUCGGAAACGGACUUCCAGUUGACGAGGAUCUCGGCUGGCCGUCAUCGG